AUGUACAAGACACCCUCCAAAUCACGGUCCUCACACAAAGCGCCAUUCACACCCAAGAAGAGAGGCCUGUUUGAAGACGGGCUGUGGCUCUGCGACUGUUCCCCCCGCAAACCUGCCCUCAACCUCAAGGUCAAGAAGGAAGGCCCCAACAAGGGCAAGUCCUUCUACACCUGCGACGAGCGCAAGUGCGGCUUCUUCCUCUUCCAGCACGACGCCGAGCCCCGCGAGCGCGAAGCCCUUCUCAAGAACAACUGCCGCUCCGAGAACGGCAUCGUCGCCAGGGUCCAGGCCAAGGGCGAACCGCCUGUGACCCCUUCGUUUGGGAGAGGGAACAAGACAACGAUGACUCCAGCGACGGUGCGGCCUCAGCAGAGGACCUUUCGGGGUCUGCCUCACGCAGGCGCUGGCGCUGCAGCACAGAGGAGGUGGAGCCUGUCGCAGGACUCGGAGUACCUGAGUUACGACUCGGCGGAAGGGGAGGAGGCGGAGGAAAACCACAAUGCCGGUGCGGUACGGCCCAGCGCGGGGGCCAGCACGCAUGCACAAAACGGCAGCGCAGCGUCGAGCGGCACGCUGGGAAAAUCGUCCGUGCCCAAGGGCUCUUCCUCCUCUGGCACCACACUUGCCCCGCCACAGACACCCUCGGCAAAACGCAAGCACCACGUCUUCCUUGAGGACAGCGACGACGAGUACGGCGGAGACGAGCUCGACGAUCCAGACACGAGCCGCCAGCUGGCGCGGAUCGCCGACGAGAGCGCGCGCAAAAGGCAGCAGCAACAGUGGGAAUCCCUCGCGACACCGACCGCGCAGAGGACUGUCCAACGCGCAGGCGGAAUCCCGACACCCAUCACCCGUCACAGCCUACUGAUCGCGGGUGAGGACCGUCGUGCUGAAGACGAAGAACGCACUGUUAAGAGGUUGCGUGUCCGAGACAGCACCCCUUCUAAAGAUGGUGGCGACGCCCUAGACCAAGCCUCAUCCGUGAUCGGGGACGCCGCCACGCCGACGCCGCACCGCAACAUCAACGUCCUCCUCUUUCCCCCAACAGCUAGCAACCCUUCCAACCCUGCUGCCGCCACGCCUGCCGCGACGCGCACCCUCACCGCAUCGUCUGCGGUACCCGCCUCCCCCUCGCCUUUUAAGACACCCGCCGCCACAGACCAUCCUCGCAUAGCAGACGAGGUCAUGUCUCUCCUGUCCACCCAGCCCAUCUCCGAGGCGACGAGGCGCCACGUGCGCGCGGCCCUGGAGCGGCAUGAGCUCCGAACCAAGGGGCUCGUCAAGGGCCGUGACGCCGCGCGCGCCGCACUCGAGGCGAGGGAUGUGCGCGUCGCUGAGCUGCAGGCGCAGGUCGUCGGGCUGGAGAAUGCGCGGCGCAUGGACAAGGAGAGCUUGAAGGAGCUGAGUAGGGGCUUGGUUAUGCUUUCACAGACUGGGGAUAGUGCUUGA